GAGAAAGGCGGGACCUCCUUGGACAUCCUAGAAUUCCACAUGAUGGACUUCCUUUCCUAACGACGUCUGGAAAGACGGUUCGGAGCGCAUCCUUAGUGUUUUCCUAACUCACAGGGAAUAUCAGUGACUAAGUAGCUAUGGGUCCUCAGAAAUGUUGCUAGGUGGUUCGCUUUGCUCAUUUGAUGGAAAAAACGACAGGAAGGGGUCUGAAAAGCUGCUAGAAAUAGCCACAAAGUUGCUAAGUUGGCCACGCGGUGUUGGAGGUGCGUUCGAUUUGCUACUUGGAGCAAAACGAGGAGGAGGAGCAAAUAUUCGGCUCUUUUUGUCGCAAAUAUGGAUCAACAGACGGUGCUAGUCAAAGAAGAAGCUCCUGAAGAACAGCAGGACCCAGAACCCCACCAAAUGAAGGAGGAACAGAAGGAGUUCUGGACCAGUCCGGAGGGAGAGCAGCUCCGUGUAAAGGAGGAGCCUGAUGCUGCCAGGUUUCCAUUCACUGCUGUUUCUAUAAAGAGAGAGGAUGAUGAAGAGAAACCUCUGUUCUCCCAGCUUCUUCAGCAGCAAAUGGACGAUGAAGAGGUUCCAACCAGCAUCUCAGCUGACCAGAUGACAGAAACUAACAGAAACCCAGGUCUAAAUACCCAUGAACAGACAUCUGGUUCUUCAGAGACUGACGAUAGUGGAAAUUAUGAAAAUGAUGUGAACAUUGACUCUGAGCUGUCGGAAUCUGAACCUGUAACUGGAGAUGGAGGCAAUGACAGGAAGGAUAGCGGGGCUUCUGAGUCAAGAGCAAAUACAUCUAGCUGCUCUGAGUGCGGUAAACAAUUUCUUCACAAACGGUCUCUACAGAGGCACAUGACCUGUCAUGGAAGAUUAGAGUCUGCUGGCUGUUUGGUUUCUAAGAAACGUUUGAAGAUGAAAAUCAACGUAGACCCACAUAGGAACGUCCAGAAAGAGAUUAAAUCUUCUAGAUGUGAUGACGGUGGUAAAGCAUUUGGCCAGAGAACUACCCGAAGCACGCACAUCAGAAAGCAUACAGGAGAGAAGCCACAUAAAUGUGAGGUGUGUGGACAAAGAUUUAGUUGUAAAUCAUUUUUAACCAAACACACAAGAAUCCAUACAGAACAAAAACCAUUUAAGUGUGAUCUUUGUGGACUAACACUUACUCAUAAAUCAUCUUUGAACAAACACAUGAGAAUCCAUACAGGAGAGAAACCAUAUAAAUGUGAGGUUUGUGGACAAAGAUUUGGUCUUAAGGAAAAUUUAAACAGACACCUGAAUGUCCACACAGGAGAUAAACCAUUUCAGUGUAAGGUUUGUGGAAAAAGAUUUAAUCAGAAAUCAUUAUUAAAACAACACUCAAAAGUCCAUACAGGACAAAAAUCAUUUCGAUGUGAUCUUUGUGGACACAGAUUUAGUCAGGGGGUACAUUUAAAGCAACACAUGAAAAUCCACACAGGAGAGAAACCAUUUGAAUGUGAGGUUUGUGGACAAAAAUUUAGUUGUAAAUCAUAUUUAACCAAACACACAAAAAUCCACACAGGACAAAAACCAUUUGAAUGUGAUCUUUGCGGACUAAAACUUACUCGUAAAUCAUCGUUAAGCAAACACAUGAGAAUACAUACUGGAGAGAAACCAUAUAAAUGUGAUCUUUGUGGACAAAGAUUCAGUCAGACUUUUACUUUGGAUUCGCACAUAAAAAUCCACACAGGACAGAAACCAUAUGAAUGUGAGGUUUGUGGACAAAGAUUUAGUCAGAAAUCAUUUUUAAGCCAGCACACUAGAGUCCACACAGGACAGAAACCCUAUCAAUGUCAAGUUUGUGGACACAAAUUUAGUCAUCAUUCAAGUUUAAACUCACACUUGAGAAUGCACACAGGACAUAAGCCAUUUAUAUGUGAGGUCUGUGGAAAAAGGUAUACUGCAAAAUCAAGUUUAAACUCACACAUGAGAAUCCACACAGGUGAGAAAACCAUUGAAUAGUAUUGCAGAUAGGGAUGAUUCGAUCACGUUUGUUUGCUCCCAAUCAUUUACUUUUCAGGAAAUCGUUAAAAUAAGGAGAAAAAAGUUCAAAAUAAUUUUCAGAAAGCAUUAAACUAAGAAAAAAAUGAAAUACUUUGAGAAAGCAUUAAAGUGACAGUGUGUAGUUUGGUGAUGGGGGCAGUUCAUACAUUUAAGGGUAGUUUUACCCCUUGUUGCUACUGUCGCUAGUUUUAAAAAAACAUUAAAGGUAAAUGUUUUUACCUUCUGAGCAGAAAGCAUGCUGCCUCGGACUCCACGGGCUUUGAUGAUCCUUCAGUUAAUUCCAUUAAAGAAUGCAAUGCCGAUGCUAGUUUUCUGGUGGAGUAGGUUCCAGAUCUGCUCGGGGUUCUGAGCCUGUUGAUGUGAAACUAUGGCAAUACCACUGGGCCACAAUAUAUAGCAUCUCUUUUUUAAUUCUGUUCUCUCACGUAGGUUUUGGAAAGAGUUUAGCAGUUUUGUUAAUAAAUUCACGCUCCUUACUGCCUAAAUAUUUUCUUGAUAACUGUAAUUUGUUAAUAAAACACAUUGUCUUGUGAAACUACACAAAACCAACACCAGACUGUGCCAGAAAGCACAACAGUUUUUAUAUGUGAACAUGGGGUGGGUACUUGUCUUUAUAUGCUUAAGUGGACAUUUCCAAAUUGUGGGGAGAUCUGGCUGGUCCACACAGUGACAAAAUACCCGUAAACAUGGUUUUAGAGGUAUGGUUUGAAUUAACUUUUGGUUUAGCUUAGGGUUGUCACGGUGUGAAAAUGUAACCUCACGGUUAUUGUGACCAAAAUUAUCACGGUUUUCGGUAUUAUCCCGGUAUUUUUUUUAACGUGCUACAUUUUCACACAAUUAAAUAAACCCUGUAUGUCCUCAUUGUCUAAAUUUAGCCUAAAAUGUGUUAUUUUGUAAUCAUGUUGUUUAUUUGUUUACAUUUUUCCCCUUUAGUCUUUAAAAUACCAAUGGAAGGUCUACACAAGGAUACAGAGACAAGUGUGUAUGUGUGUGUGUGUGUGUGUGCUCUGUCUUCUCCAUCCCCAGUGAGUCAUGGUGGAUGGCUGCUUAUACUGAGCCAGGAUCCUCUGGAGGUUUCUUCUUGUUAAAGGGAGUUUUCCUCUCCACCGUCGCUGCAUGCUUUCUUAGUAUGAGGAUUGCUGUAACAAUUCAAUGGGUUCCUUAUAUAGAAAACUUUUUACUGAUUGACCUAAUGAACUGAACUGUAUUGGAAUGUUUACUUUGUGAAAUGCCUUGAGAUGACUGGUCAUCAUUUGGCACUAUGUAAAGAAAACUGGAUUGGAGUUCUUCUGUAUAUUUUGUUAGUGUUUAUGUAAAUCAAUAUAUUCAUUCAUUAAAAUGUUGGGUACUCUG